AACUUAUGAUUCUGUCCCUCCAAAAUUGAUUUAUCUCCAUCUAUCUAUGUAUCCUCAAUAUUCCCGACCUUGUUUUCCUAUAAAAGAUCAACUUCUCAUAAAGAUGGGACUCCUCUUUCAUUCUACAAGGUCUGUUCAUAAAUCGUUUUCAUUCUCAGAUUAAAUUAUAAGCCUAUCUAGCCUGGUCUGGCCUUCUUAAUUACUUCAAUUUCUCAGCUCAUCAUCAGCUCGAUCGAUCUCACAAUUCAACCAUUGAUAUGAAGAAGAGGAAGCCCAACAAGAAGCCAAUAAUAAUUCCGAAAGUCACGCUUGCAUCCAUUGAAUCCUUGGCCAUACCUCUCGUGCAGGAAGUGGUGUUCUUGGCGGACUACCGGUGCGCCAGGUGCCAGAAGAGAGUGGCCGAAGUUAUGUCCAAAAUGAACGGAGAAACAGAAUCAGUGGUGGUGAGCGUGCUGGAAAAGAAGAUCACAGUAACCUGCAAAAUUCCAAGGGUCAAGAUUUUUAAUCAAAAACCUCCUCCUGCUGCUGCUGAUGUUUCCAUUUUCUGCAAUCCUAUUAACAAAGUUGCUUCCGUUUUUCUGGCUUUCUUUCAUCCUUCCCGUACUACUUGAUCAUAUCACUUCAAUUCCCGGCCACUUAUGUACUAUAUGUAAUAAAGAUACAUAUAUAGCUCUGCAUUUGCAGGAAUCCCAACCCCGCCCCCAAAAAAACUACAAUUUUUUUUCACAGAUUUCCUUUUAUAGAUCGAUUGAAAGUCCUUAGUUUGACAUACAGCAGUUAGUUUGUUUCUACUUUUUAUAUAUAUUAUUCUCUUUAAUUUUUCAUUUCUGGGAUUGUACUUGUAAACUGAAACCUAGCUUAAAGUUGUUCCAUCCAAAAUGAAUGUAAACAAGAUUGGUGUACUGUACUUAUUAACUUCAUUUGCUUUCUAUGUUUAAUUUCAGCAAUUGUUGGCAA